CCAAUUCAAAGAAGCUUCUUCAAUGGUGUCGUCAUGGUGCGCUGUGAUUAUUAUUACUACUUAUUAUUAGGGUUUAUUCAUUUAUAAAUAAAUUAUUACUUAAACUUUUUCAUUUCUCCCCCACAAACUCUUUAAAUCCAAUUUGACAACCACAAACCAGCAGGACUCUCAUUACCCAUUACUCAUUUAUAUACCCAUUACUCAUUCCCUCAUCAUCGAUCACUCCGCAGGAACUGCAGUUGAUUCUGUGAUCUUUUUAACUUCAGAUCUCAGGUGAAUAGAUCAUGAGUUGUUAAUCUGUGUGAGAAUAUCAGAUCUUGGGUUAUUGAUAGCUGUGAUUUUUAUAUAUUUCAUAUAUAUAUAUAUAUAUAUAUCAUAUCUAAAUCAUAGAUUGGAAGUGAGUAUUUGCUAAAAUGAGUGGAGUUACAGAAGUCAAACCCUUAAUUUCACAAUCAUCUUCUUCUUCUUCUUCGAAGUUACCCGAUUUCAAGAAAUCGGUGAAGCUAAAGUAUGUGAAAUUAGGGUAUCAUUAUCUCAUCACUCAUGGAAUGUACCUGUUCUUAUCCCCUGUCGUUGUCGUUCUUGCCGCUCAAUUAUCCACCUUUUCGCUUCAAGACGUUUACGUUCUUUGGGAUCAUCUGAGGUUUAAUCUCAUAUCGGUGGUAGUGUGUUCGACCCUUUUGGUCUUUUUCUCAACCCUUUAUUUCCUGACCCGUCCUCGGCCCGUUUACCUUGUGAACUUUUCGUGUUAUAAGCCCGAAGAAGAACGGAAAUGCACGCGACAGAUCUUUAUGGAAAGAUCAACCGCGACGGGCUCGUUUACCGAAGGGAGUCUCGAGUUUCAAAGAAAGAUUCUCGAAAGGUCGGGUCUUGGUGAGUCGACGUACCUUCCGGAAGCUGUUCUUCGGGUCCCACCGAACCCGUGCAUGGCGGAAGCUAGAAAAGAAGCUGAACUAGUGAUGUUUGGUGCUAUUGAUGAUCUGUUAGCGAAAACUUCCGUGAAACCGAAGGAUAUCGGGAUUUUGGUAGUGAAUUGUAGUUUGUUUAAUCCAACCCCGUCUUUAGCUUCGAUGAUCGUUAACCACUACAAACUUCGAGGCAAUAUUCUUAGCUUUAACCUCGGUGGAAUGGGUUGCAGUGCGGGUUUAAUCGCGAUUGAUCUCGCUAAAGAUCUUCUUCAAGUCAACCCUAACUCGUACGCGUUAGUAAUGAGCAUGGAAAACAUUACGUUGAAUUGGUAUUUCGGAAACGAACGAUCAAUGCUCGUGUCAAACUGCUUGUUCCGAAUGGGCGGUGCCGCAAUUCUACUCUCGAACAAAACUUCCGACCGAAGACGGUCAAAGUAUCAGUUGGUCCACACGGUUCGAACACACAAAGGUUCCGAUGAAAAAUGUUUCUCAUGCGUCACUCAACAAGAAGAUCCGGUCGGUAAAAUCGGAGUCGCGUUAUCGAAAGAUUUAAUGGGAGUAGCGGGUGACGCUUUAAAAACCAACAUCACGACACUCGGCCCGUUAGUGUUACCGAUGUCCGAACAGUUACUUUUCUUCGCAACUUUAGUCGGGAAAAAGCUAUUUAGAAUGAAGAUUAAGCCGUACAUUCCCGACUUCAAGCUAGCGUUCGAGCACUUUUGCAUUCAUGCUGGCGGGAGAGCGGUUCUUGAUGAAAUCGAAAAGAAUUUGCAGCUUACGGAUUGGCACAUGGAGCCAUCACGAAUGACACUGAACCGAUUCGGUAACACAUCAAGUAGCUCACCGUGGUAUGAGCUGGCGUAUUCGGAAGCUAAAGGGAGAAUCAAGAAAGGAGAUAGAGCGUGGCAGAUAGCUUUCGGGUCGGGUUUUAAGUGCAACAGUGCGGUUUGGAAGGCGUUAAAGAGCGUUAAUCCUGCGAAAGAGAAAAACCCGUGGACCGACGAGAUUGAUCAGUUCCCUGUAGAGGUUCCAAAGUUUUCUGCCAUUUAAGCUGAUUUAAAUAUCUAAUUUUUUUUUAAUUAUUUUCAGUUUUUAAGCUAUUAUUAUUAUUAUUCAUGGGACUUUCUUUAUCUUCCAAUUUACUUGAUUGUACUGUGAUUACAUCUUCUUUAUUUAAUGGAUGCUAUGCUUUUUUUAAAGUUCCAAUUUUCA